AUGACUACCACGGCUCUGCCCGUCGAGGCAGCUCUUCGCCGCAUGGCUACCACCGAUUCUACGCCGGUCUCGUCUGCCAACAUCUCCCCCCUCGAUAGUCCGAGAUCCUCUCCGUCCUCCACCUCAUUAUCCUCCCUUGCAUCUGAAGACGCCGCCCCUCAGAAACAGGCCUUUGAAAAGAAGCAACUGGUCGACACAUAUGGCAAUCCCUUUGAGGUUCCCGAUUACACCAUUGGCGAUAUUCACAAGGCCAUUCCCAAGCACUGCUUCGAGCGAUCUGCUGCCACUGGUCUCUACUAUGUUGCUAGAGACGUGGUCUCCCUGGCCGUCACCUUUUACCUUUUCAACCGCUUUCUGACACCGGAAAACGUCCCAUACGCUCCUCUCAGAGCCGGCCUUUGGUUUUUGUACACUUUCGUGCAAGGCCUUUUUGGCACAGGUCUCUGGGUGUUGGCCCAUGAAUGUGGUCACCAAUCCUUCUCCCCCAGCAAAGUCCUGAAUGACACUGUCGGCUUCCUCUGCCACACGUCUCUUCUGGUACCAUACUUCUCCUGGAAAAUCUCUCACGGCAAGCACCACAAGGCGACUGGCCACAUGGAGCGAGACAUGGUAUUUGUUCCGAAGACGAAGGACGAAUUCUGCUCGCGUAGAAGCUACCUGCUUCACCAGCUUGACGAGCUUACUGAGGAGACUCCCCUUGCCACAGCAGUUCACCUCAUCAGCCAGCAACUUUUCGGGUGGCCAAUGUACUUGUUCACAAAUGUCACCGGCCACAACAAGCAUGAGGCACAACGUGAGGGUCGUGGUGUUGGCAAGCACAAUGGUAUCGGCGGCGGUGUGAAUCACUUCGACCCUCGCAGCCCUUUGUACGAGGCAAAGGAUGCCAAGCUGAUCGCUCUGAGUGAUCUCGGUCUUCUCGUCGUGGGUAGCAUUCUUUAUUCGAUUGGGAAGCGUUAUGGUUUCGCCAAUCUGUUCGUAUGGUAUUUCGCCCCAUAUCUUUGGGUCAACCACUGGUUGGUUGCAAUCACUUAUUUGCAGCACACCGAUCCAUCUCUUCCGCACUACACCCCCCAGACGUGGACAUAUACUCGCGGAGCGGCCGCCACGAUCGACAGAGAAUUCGGAUUCAUCGGCCGUCAAUUGCUGCACGGGAUCAUCGAGACCCAUGUUUUGCACCAUUAUGUCAGCACCAUCCCGUUUUACCACGCAGACGAGGCGAGUGAGGCGAUCAAGAAGGUCAUGGGUCGUCACUAUCGCAGUGAUGUCAAGGAUGGUCCGAUGGGCUUCAUCAAGAGCUUGUGGAAAUCGAUGAGAUGGUGCGGCUGGGUCGAACCAAUGGAGGGAGCCACCGAUGAACAAGCCGGUGUGCUAUUCUUCCGCAACUCCAACGGCCUAGGGCUCCCUCCUGCGAAGAUCUCGAAGUCCUCAACUUCAUAA